AUGGCAUAUCAGUUUCAAAAUCAAUACAGCGGCGGCGGACUACUUAAAUAUCAAAAUAUAUACCAUAUAGACUGGAAACUGCAUUCUUUAUGGAUUGUAGCCAUUAUCAGUUUCAUCAUACCACAUUUAUGGUGGCUAGUUCCACUGCCAGGCUCAGAAUUAUUGCCAGCUUACCGAACAUACCCGGCAACUUUUUUUAACACAAUAUUUACUGCAUUUGCCUGUGCACUCGUUUGUCGAUCAAUUACAGUUGCUUUGUUGAAAACUUUUGAAAAUGGAAUAUAUCCUGAUUCCGUCGUGCGGUAUGGCUCCGCUGGUGGAUUUGGUGCCAUAUGGAGUUGUGUUCGCUACAGAUCUGGUUUUCGUUAUUUCUUGAUUGCUUCUCUUGCUACUAUUUGCAUGCUUUUGGGAAAUGCUUUGCAAAGUGAGUUCAUGUCUUCCUUGUCUGUUUCUUCAAGAGUAAGCAACGUCUUGUAUGAAACUCAACUAGCAGAAUGCCGCCACACGACUGCGCAGGAUUUUGAAAUGGCUUCAAACGCAUAUACUAAUGGAUGGAUCAACCAUAACUUAUCCGACGCCUCGGGUCUACUUAUAAAAACGCAUAGCCCCUCAACGGCAUUAUCUGUUCUUACAUCAACAUUGACACCUAUCUCUGCUUCGUUCAGUGACACAACCCUCAACAAAAGGUGGGCAAACGGUAUUGUCGAGCGAUGUCAUGAUAAGAAGAACAACAAAGCCGGCGUACCUCGAUGGAAUGACCAGAAUAACAGUUCCAACAGCAACGGUACCCUACUGUUGCCUGGUGAGCAAUCGACAGCACAAUUCGAUCAACCGAACGUACAGCAACCAAACCAAUAUCAGCAAGCUCCUCCAGAACCGGUUCAAGACUACAGUAACCAUAAGGUUUUCUUGACCAUCAACGGUGAGCAAGUCGCUAUCGAUAAUGCAACAUCCUUAUAUGAUUUCAGUCAAAGUAAGCUGAUCGUGUCAAAAACUUCCGAUAACGCUGUCUAUCGCUACGAUAAUACAACCAAUGCUAUCCGCUUAAAUGUGAUUCGGUACACUACCAAUGACGGCAAAGAAAGCAUUAUUUUGUAUUCCAAUCCUCUCCAUGGUUACUCUUCUGGAUUCUAUGUCACCUCGGUUGCUUCGAAUUUCACUUGUGCCGGCAACGAAUGCAAACCAAUCAGUAACAGCAGUCUCAAUCAUGCUGAUAAUCGAAUCGUUGCUGACGCAUUAGCAGAGGCUAUUCAAUCAGGUAUUGGCAUGUAUGGCACCCUAGCCAUGAAUAACUCUCUCCCGCUUAACCUCUUGAACAACCAGUCGCUGGACAAUAAAGGUGCGCUCGCUGAUUCGCUCUUUGCUAAUCCUGCCUGCCCUGAAGCUAAACUGUUGCCAGGUAUCCGCACUCAAAAGCUGCUGACUUAUUCAGCGGCUCAAUGGACAAUUCUUAGUAUCAUUUGGACCGUCCUUUAUGCUAUUCUUUGGGCUAUUGGAGCAUGGCUCAUCGGCUACUCUGAAGAAACAUGGUCAGAAUUAGCGAGAACAGGCUUGAUGUUACCCCAACUAAUACAUAACUCUCCCAACCUCUUUGUGGAUAACUUGAACGGAGCAGUUGUUGAUCAACGGGCGUUCUUGACUAUGGAAAAUGGCAAAUUCGAAUACACCAAAGACAAUCAAAACCACCAUCAUGGCUACACUGUAACAACGGAAGAAGUGCUGGAUUCAUAG